UGUUCGUUGUUCUGUCGCGCGCGCAACGAAAAGAGACAGGAAAACGGGAAUAAGGAUUCUGCGAGGCAGUCUCUCUAUCCCGGAAAAAGCAACUUACGUCGAUCGCAUCGCGUGUUGUACGAGUCGAUCGGUGGCGGACUUGGUGCGGAAGGAAAAAAAUCGCAUAAGGCGGUGAAGAAGAAACGUGCGACGAAGUGCCGCAUCGGUGACGGCGAAUUUCGCCGACGAGUGUCACGUCUGUGAAAACGGUUCUAUCCUCGGCAAGCGUGACGUAAUUGUAUUGAUCGCGGCGGAGGAAGGGCCCCGAAAGUCGCAUUCGCCAUCUUGGACGAAUUGUAGAAAAGAAGUUUCUUGUGUCCCGUAGGCGCGGUACGUUCCGUGGUCGCGAUCCGUGGCAAUCGGCGCGUUAAUCUAAUUUAACUGGGAGUUAACCCUGUUGUGAAUUGGUAACCCAUUUGGACGGACCAAGACAAAGGGUUCGUUCUUUGGGUCUGAGUGGUACUAAAUGGUUGCGUGCAGACAGCAUGUCUACUCUGUCAGGGAUUGUGUCGAAGGGGGAGAAAGGAAAAUCCAAGUUCCAAUCACUAGAUAUCAAUAGCUUGUAUCGGGUGAGUAGGGGUGAAUCUUUGGAACCGCAUCAGCAAAAAAAUACUUUACCUCGCAAACAUGGAAUGCAAAGUCUUGGAAAGGUGCCUUCGGCACGGCGUCCUCCUGCUAAUCUGCCCAGUCUAAAAAGUGAAACCAGCAGCAGUGAUCCAGCUGUCAGUCUUGUGCCAAGUGGAGGAAGUGGUUGGGCUACUACUAAGGACUCGACAUCGUCGACCACUACUACUACCACAGUAGCUACUUCACUUGAUAAUACUACUACUGUCUCAUCAACAGCACAAUGCACGACAGGGACUACUGUUUCAACAUCCCUACAAUCGUUAUUACCGGGACAACAAAAUGUGUCACAAACUCCUUUUUUGGAUCAAACAAGCAACAAAUCAUCAUGGAGCGCGAUUAUGAGCAGAUCAGGAGAUGCUGUGGUUGGUUACGCGGGGCUCGUGGGGGGUGCGAAAGGGGGAAGAGGUGCCCUUGGACUGAGUUUCCUCGCCCACCAGUCCCCGCAGUUCCAACACGAGUUUCCCAGUCUCAGUGGACAGCCUUCUGUCUCCGUCUCCACUCAGAGCCAGACUCAACAGUCCUCAACAACAUCCAAUGCAAUCUCAGUCGCAGUCCACCAAUCGUUACUACAGCAACAGCCGUAUUCCCACAACCACUCAGGUGGGGCGCCGGGAAAUCAACAACAAUCAAACCGAGAAUUAAAUGCGCAAUAUGGUCCAGGACCAAGCUUACGUCCACAAACCGAAGGAAGUUGGAUCCAAGGUGGAAGUCGUACAGCAAGUGGAGCAGCGCCAACAACACCAGCUGCUGGUCCCGGAAGUGGGAAUACUCCGGGGGGCCAGGGCCUCCCGUUAAAUAUACCUGUUUCAGGCGGUCAUAUCCAAGAGGGACCCGGUGGAGGGCGGCAGAACUUGGGCCAAUCGCCCAACAUGGGCGCGGGCCCGGCAGGCCAGCAUAAUGCUAUAAACAAUCAAGGUUCUGCGCCUUCUUCCGGCUCUCAAAUUGGGCCAAAUAUGCAUCAUUAUCGAGGAAUUAUCCCGCCGUUUGUAAGUGUAUCAUUAAACAAUCCUAUGUAUAGACAAAAUUUUUCUGGUGGAUUUCCUUCGCAAUUUUCAUCGAAUUCCGGAUCCAAUAGUCCAAGACCUAGAUUUAAUCAUUCCUUGGAUCGAUUUCCACCUCCUCAACGUGAGCGCGUAGCUGAGGAGGAAAUACUGACCAGACCUAUUAUAAAGGAAGAAGAUCUUACUCGUAUGGAUGAUAUUUCACGUGACGCAGGAUGGGCCGCGCACGAUGAUAUUGAUUAUAACCAAAAAUUGGCCUUUAGCGACGAUGAACCUGAACCAGAACCGCCAAAAAAUGACGAAAAGAAAGAUGUUAAGGAGAAAAAAGAUGAUAAUUCCGCAGAAGAAAAGGAAAAGCCUCGAGACAGUCGAGAUAAUAGAGAUUCGAAAGAUGCACUUCGGGAUCCUCCGCAUCGUCCUUGGACUCAAUCUAAUUUAAAUCGCGAUUAUCGUGGAUCGAAUGGCGCGAGCAGUGGUGGUUAUUCUACUCAAUCACAAUUGCACUCUUUAAGAGGUGUCGAUGACGACGAAACGUGGAGCGAAAGACGUAGACUCAAGUCUGAUCUUGCAUCCGUUGUCGAACGUGCACGACAACGCAAAGAGGAAGAAGAGAAACGUUUCCAAGAAUCUACGAAACAAGCGGCAGCUAAGAAAUUACAAGAUCUGGAACAGAAGCUGAAAGAAAAACAAGCUAAGCACAAGGACGAAGAGCGCACACAAUCUGGCGAGACUAAAAGCUUGAUCAGCGUUCCGCCUGUACCUCUUCCAAUACCUGAAUGGGAAAGAGAAAAAGAGAAUAGAGAGCGAGAGAACAGAGAACGGGAAAGAGAACGAGAAAGAUCUCGUACUUCGUCCGAGGGAAAAGAUGAGAAGAUUGUUGCAUCUGGACGUGAAUCUCGCGACAAUCUCAGAGAAGGCAGAGAUCAAGCACUGCCGGACUUUCGUCAGAACGAGCGACAAAAUUUUCUGCGCCAACAGGACUCUGUUCGUAGUGAACGCGAAAGAGAACGCGAUCGCGAUCGCGACCAAAGAGAAUCGAGAGAUCGCGAGCAACCAGCAUUCUCACGUCACUUUCAGAAUAACUUGCCGCCUAGAUUUCAAAAACAACAGGCGGAAAGAAGCAACGCGAAUUUCAAUCGAAUUUCGCCAAACGCGGAAAGACCUGCUUCUCAGUCUGUUCCGUUCUCUCAACAAUACGAUCCCGGUAGAUGGGUUCAUAAUUACAACUCAUUGAUAGAUAGCAGUAUGAAGCAAUCCGUACCGCCACAACGUCGCAACAGAACCGAUUCCGAUACAUCGGCACCACUGGACGAUGAACGACCUCCUUCUCGGGAUCAUCGCAGUGGCGCUCCACCAUCGAGAGAUGACCGUUACCGUCAUUCUUCACACCGAUCUUACGACAAUCGCAAGUCAGGUUACUACGACGAGUACAACCGCAACUUCAGAGAUUAUGAAUAUGAUGAUAGACAUUCUCGCGAUUCCUGGGAACGCGAAAGACAUUUUGAUGACAAGGAACGCGAUUCGAAAGAACCUCUCGACUCGAGAGAUAGUCGAGACAUCAGAGAGAAUCGCGAUGUUCGUGACAGCCGAGAUGGUCGCGACAUCAAAGAUUCCCGUCCUACCAGCCGUGACGCACGGGACGUCCGAGAUGUGCGCGAUCGCGAUAACAAGGAGAAGAAAGAUUACGAUAAUUACUCAAAAGAUUCUUUCGACGAGCGAGAGCGCGAACAAAGAGAGCGCACUGAAAGUUCAGAGUGGCGCGACGAACGUAACGUGGGACAACUUGAAAGCCGCCGUGAUGCUCCGAAAGAAGAGCGCAGCGAACGGCCGCAAAGACCAGACUCGCGCGACAGUCGCGCUUCUCGAGAAUCGAAGACGUCUCUGCGCGAUGACGAUUUGCAUAAAUUACGUGAUUGUAAUUCCUGGGUGAACGAAGUGUCGGAUUAUGAAGAAAAGAAAAGAGAAUUGUAUCAUGAAGAGACUAGGGAAAGAGAGAGAGACAGGAGGCAACCGCCUGGUCCCGUUACAAAAGAAAAGAUCGAGGCGGACGAAUUGAAGAAUGAAAAGCGCAGUUUGACGCAACUGAAGAGAGGCAGUUCUGAUCUUCAAGAUAAGAAAGAUCAGCUAAAAGAAACUUCUGCCGAGACAAAGAAAGAUACAGACGCGUGGAACAGAAAAACGGAUCGUACCCCUGAAAGUAGACAGAUUGAAAGGGGUGAUAACUCACCAAAGGCAUGGGCUGAUGCAAUAUCACCAACGUUUGAGAAGGAAGAAGAAAAGAUGGUAGAGACGACUAAGGAUGGCAAGGAAAGUGAUGAGAUCAAACAAAGCUCAUCGGAAAAGCAAGUCUUGGAGAAACGCGAGGAAGCUGUUUCCGAAGACGUUAAAGAACAAGGUAAAGAUGAAAAACGUGAGAAAAGCACGCGUAAUAGAACGAGCAGCGGCUCCAGUUCUAGAGUUCGCGAGUCUCGCGGUGGUCGUCAGUGGGGAGGGACUUACAGCGUCUAUACUCGCGGUUGGCGUGGUCCAGAGCCUAGAGGUCGAAGAGGUGGUCCACGACCUUCAAGUAAGUCCGGAUUGUCUGCCAAAAGUAGCUCUUACGGCCACACUGAUUCUGAGAACAGUGCUGAUGAAGUAUCUGGUUCCACUGAGUCCGGAAAGGAGGAUAAGCGUUCGGCUCGCUCGCCAAAGCCGUCCCAGAAAGUUGAGAAGGACGAGCGCAAUCGCGAGGUAUCGAGACGAGACGAUAAACGAAACACGGAAUACCCUCAAACACGUAACGAGAAAAGAGCGUACGAUGGAAAACCAAGUCACGAGGCUUUCGCACCGUCAGGUGAGCCAUCUCGUCGUGGAAGAGGUGGUUUCCGUCUACGAAACACGGCAACAAGCAGUCGCAUGGAAGGCUACGGACCACCGUCCAGUAAAAGUCCGUUCUCGUCGGAACGUACUUUGGACGAGAAGCAUCAGCAACAAAAUGCAGCGCGACAAAAUCCACCGACACCGACUUCGGAGAAAGAAGUAAACCUCUCGCAGGCCGCUCCGGUUGAGCCUACCGAUGACAAGAUGAUUGCCAAGCAACAAGCUCUCACGGCAGGUAUCACAGGCAGACGUAACAAGUCUCCGAGUCAACAGACUCAGUCCAUUAAUAAGCAAGAGGCGAAUCACGCGAGUCAAAUCGCCAACGUCUCCCAGAAAACACAAAUGCGAAAAGAAGAAUCGCGUUCUAAGAGAACUCGUAGUGGGAGUAGAAGAGGAAGGGACAAUCGUUCACGCGGCAGCAGCAGCACCGUAACGAAGCAGUCUCAAUCGGAUGUAGGCAACGAAGAUUGGGAAACCACAUCCGAGAACAGCGAGGAGCACAUCGAAGAUCAUAAAGAAUCUCGUAAUACUCGUAACAAGCAUUUCAGCGGACGAGCCAUUCAAGGUGUGAACGCCAUUGGCGCAAAUACGCAUUCCCGCAGAAGCGAACAGUCGUCGAAUACAAGAGAACAACGAGAGAAAAAUUCCAAGUCUUCCAAUCCGGCGUCGCGCGCCCCGGGGGCGGAAAAACGAAAUCUACAGAAUGCCGGAUUUAAUACUCAGAAGAAUCAUGCCGACGGCAUACCGCCUUUGAUGCAAAAUGCACAAAUACAGAACGGUGGGAGAUCUAGAAGUCAGAGCGCGACCAACAGUGGCGCAGUCUCAAAUAAAUCGAAUAACAAAGACAGUAUGGUCAAUCGUAUCGAUGAGAUCAAGCUGACCGAUCCAAACUUGGUGAAUCAAGCGCUGAACGAUCUGAAUAAAAAGUCUCAGAUAAAAGAAAAGAAAUUAAUGGAAGUUUCGGAGAACGAAACGAACAGCUGCACCGAGGACGCUGCAAAUGCCACGUCAGAGGAUAAAGUGGACGCCGACGGUUUCCAGGAAGUACGUUCAAAGAAGAACGUAAAGGAGUCGAGACAUAAUCAAAAGGAAGAAGCAAAACCUAUCAAGCGAGACAAAGAAAAGGAUCGCGAACGCGACCGUUCAAAGUCGAAGUCAAAUGGAUCGCAGCAAGUUUUGCAGCAGGUGCAAAAUAUACCACCCUUGCUUGGCCAAAAUAUCCCCCAACCGGCGAAUAUACCGCAGAAGCAGUACGAUAAUAGAAAUUCAAGAAAUCCAAAACUCGCUCCGCGAUUCCAACGUCUACAGUCUUUUAAACAACAGCAACAGCAAAUAGGCGGAAGUGAUGCGAGCGAUAUGAAUAAACUCGGUAAUUCCGGUAAUAAUUUUGUCAAGGAUUCGUCCAACAGUCCUGCACCCCCUCCUACGGUCAACGCAUGGGACAAGCCUUUCACUAGCCAAUUACGCUCAAAUUCUCCGUCUGCAGUUCCUACGGACAUCCAACUGAUGUCUGGCUUAGCAACUCAAAAUGAUCACAGCCAUGAAGGUAACGAGGCUAACUCGGGACAGAGUAGCCAACGAAAUUCGCCGAGUGGCGAAAAAAUGGGAAAAAAUUUGAAGGAGACUCUAACGGAAAAGACUGUAUCCGAUGUGUCUUCACCUCCCGUACAGACUUUGAUCUUCGAAAAUACGAAUUAUUCAAAAACCACCAAGACAUCCGGGCCGACGGAUCUGGCGGUCAAAUCAAAGUUCUCAAAUCACAUCAAGACGCAGCAACGAGCCGAGAAACGCUCAGAAAUUGAAGAAGAGAACAAUCAAGUUCAGCAACAGGCGCUCUCUGUUGCGUUUUCUAAUAAAGCAAAUGAAUUGAUUAAAGACAAGAAUCAAGAACCCAUUCAAAUGCCUCUGUCGUUCAACAAGAACGAGGAUAAUGCCGACAUGAAGUUAGACUUCACGUUCGAUUCUGAUCUUUCGCAGUUAACGGAAGACAAAAGCAAGAGUUUAGGCAUGACGCGCUCCAUGCAUAUGGCCGGUGGCCAGAGUACGAUAUCGCCGUCGACCGCGGAGCUCAAUCUCAAGAUUGCAUCUGUGAAGAAAGUUUGGGAGAAUGCGCCUCCAAUGCCGACCGUUGUUGAACACGAAGAUGGGAGCAGCGUGGUUAGUAGCGCAACGAGCUUUCCACAGGCGUUCGAAAGCGGUGAUGUCGACGAUAGCUACAGUCCGCAUCAGCAAUACAAUCAGAACAAUAUGAAGAGUGAAAUUACCACGUCCACGAACGUCUGCAAGCUGGUUCCCCCGCAGGUGAAGCCGCAGCAACAAUCUUCGGGUAGCAGUGGUACGCAACCUGGAUCCACUGUACCAGGACCAAGUCCUAUCGGAGCUGGUCAGAGUCCUAUCGGUCAUCCUCCAGUUAGUCUCCAAGGUCCUCUAAGCCCACCUCCAUUCAAUUCAACUGGUCAACCUUCCCACAUUAACUAUCAAGAGUUUCCACAGUAUCCUGGUUCACAAGCCGCGCAAUAUGGCGGCAUGUCGGCUAUACCGUCGCCACCGGCGGUGCUGUUCAAUAGCUCGGGACAAUUACCGGCUCAAGCAGGCGGUUUAUACGGAGCGUUUCAAUUAGAUCAAAGUCGAUCGCCAUUUACUCAGUAUGCACCGUACGCUCCGUCCCUCCAAAGCUCGUUCAGCCAGCAGAAUAUGUAUUUACAGCAACCGCCUCCGCCGCCUCCUCAUGCGCCGAAUGCUCCCACACCAGAGAUGUAUCAAAGCAACUUGUCUCAGUAUCGCAUUACCGCGGCAGCUGCUCCUCCAUUCGGACAAAAUCAACAACUCAGUAACAAUCCCAACACGGUACUUAUCAGUUCAUCAUCGAAUUCACUGAUGUCAGCAAGUGUCAAACCGUCGUCUCAACCGAUCGGAGCUAUUGGAACUAAAGCUCCGCAUUUUCAAACCCCAUCCGCUCCUCAACCCAAUCAGUUGACAUACAUACCGUACGAUCCGAAUCAAGUGCUCGGUGUAAGCGGCAGCUACAUGGGCAAUUCGCAGUUAGUGCAGAGACCUGGUCCAAACGUUCAAGCGUCUGCCAAUAGUUAUUACAGCGCUACAUCUGCCGAUGUAUUUCCUGGAUCACAAACGGGCUUUUAUCAAUCCGGCGGUGCCACUCAACAAACUGGAACUCAUUACGGCUUGCAAGGAUUUGGCCAACACAGUCAAAGUUUGGCAACGGGUAGUGCCACUCCUGUCGGUUUGCAAAACUAUGGUCCCAGUUUUUUGUCUAGUUCAGGAUUGCAAAUAGCUGCGGCAGCUCAACAAUUUCGCAAUCCCACUGGUGGUUUACCAGGACCAGGCAACGCAGCACCUACCUUUCUUAGCAAGCAUCAACCGCAAGAACAACCUAGACAGUUAAAGAGCCCAUCAGGAAAUCAGCAAGAUGUACUUGCAUCGGUGUUUAGCUCAACUCCUCAAAUACCAUCACCCAAGUCGAGAAAUUGCAAACAACAAUCUUCGUCGCAACAACCACAGCCUAGUCCUACACAACAUCAUAAAUACCAACAAUAUCAGGGCGUUAGUCAGUCUGCUCUGGUAAGCAGCUACAAUAACUACGUCUUACAACAGAAUGUUCGCGGAAUGGGCAUGCCGCCUCGUGCCGGUAUUCAACCCUCACAGCAACGUUAUCCGCCUCCAAUACAAAGACCCGUAGUACCAUUUGCACCCGGCCCAAAUCCGAAUAAUCCAUCACAACAGCAGCCUACCUGUAUGCCGACACAGCAGCAACAACAGACUCAAAUUAAUCGUCAUCGACCGAAUUUACAUCAACAACAACAGCAGCAGCAGCAACGCAACAUGAAGAUGCAACAACAAUAUUAUUCGUCACAAGGAAACGUCAAAAUUGAUUCAAGUGAUAAAUCCGAUAGUCACAAUGACAAGAUAAAUGAUGGCCCAUCUGGAACACAAUCUGGAAGUAACAAGUCCAAUGUGAAUCAACAAGACAGUGAUAACAAUAAGGAAGAAGUGAAUCAGCAAAACGAGUGAACGAGUGAGAAUAUACGUGACGGUGAAAAAUAUAUAUAUACUUACUCUCUUCCAUUUGUGGAAAAACAAACAUUUUUCUUUGAUUAAAUCUUUGAUAUAAUCCUGUUGAAAAAUAAGGGCAAGAGACUAACGUGCUAUUCUGUUUCUCAAGAGAAAGAGCACACAGUGUCAUUGGAAUUCGUUUACCUACGAAAUCACGUGCUUAUAUAAUCAUCUAGCGGUUAAAUAGAUCACUUAAAAUAAAAAUCUGAUUUUUGUGCUAUAUCGGAAGGAAGAACUUGUAGGAAAGUUAUAUUAUACGCACCUAUCUCUAUUCUUUAGUUGAUAACAGCAUAAACUUCUCGUCUUUGUGCAGGCGACAACUUUUAUUAAGCAUUUCCAUUAUUAAAUAAUAUCAGAUGUAUGUGAAUAUAUUUAAGAAUGGCAACAUGAAAGUUAAUUACGAGCGCUGAUUACAUAUUACUAAAAGACAUACUUGGAGAAGUGACACUUAAAUUAUGUAAUGUUUCAAUUUUUGACUGAAGAAAAACAUGUGUGUCGUCGUCGAGUGAGAUUCUAGCUAAUCGAUCGCAGACGCGAGCUGCAUAUAAAGGAAUGGUAUUGUUUCGUUAUGGAUGUAUGCGUGAGAGAUGAUAUUAACAAAUCUACAUUGAUUCUCUCUUUCUGUCUGUGUAUGUAUGUAUGUAUGUGACUCCAUAUACGUACAUAUAUAUACAUGUCUGUACUCAAAUCAGUCUGCUAUAAACAAUAAUGCAUGUCUCAGGACGCACGAUGCACUUUUUCUUGCUCACGUCACAGAAAAAGUUAAGAAAUAAAAAAAGAAAAAUGAGAGCAAUUAGCGAACGAAAGUUAGAAUUAUUGCAAUUUCAUAUGUUCGCAAUCGAAUGAACUGAAGAUAAGCGGCAGGAUAAAGUCCCCUGUUUAUCUGAACAAUAAGAAACUGAAUUACUUACCGAUUAGGAUCGUACAUACAAAUUGAAGUUACACAUGACCAUGUCGCCCUCAUGUAUUGGCGAUAAGAAGAAGCUCUAUGUAUAUUGGUCGAUUUGUCGAUGAUGCGAGGUCAUGGCGAAGCUUGUGCGACAAAAUAGAAAACUGUUGUUUAUAGGUAUCGCACAAAUCAUCAUGAUCUAGCUUUAUUCACGACAAGUUUCAAUCAUUAGAUGUAUAAGAUAUUGCUUGUGAAGCGUGAAAAGUCAUACAUGAAUUACGUGUCGAUAGUCUUUUCACGUUUAGAAAGAUUAUGUUUGAUCAAUCGAAACGCAAUUUAAACUACUACUAUCGCAACGUACGAAAAAAAUUGUAUAUUAUCUACUUUCGUUGCAGUUAAAGCUUUGUUAUAAAGAUAAAGCCCAUGAAAAUAAAUAGUAGUAUUCACAAGAGUCUAUCGUUGCCAGAUUUUAUUCAGCAAAGAUAGCGUGGCCCAUUUUGUCUGGUUUCUGAGAGAGAGAUCCAGGCGCUGUUGUAAUAGAAUGUUAACUGUCAAAAGAGAAAAAAAAACACAAUACAUACUGCCAGUCGUGCCGACGACCACUUAUCUUUGAACUCUGAGAAUUUUUCAUGUAUUCGUGAUAAUGUCUGUGUGAAUAGUAAAACGUGUAUUAGAGAAAGAGACACUUAACACGUAGGCUUGUUAAAAAUUCAACAUUUCAAGGAUUUAGAAAAUAUUGACUAGAGAAAGAGGAUAAAAUUGCAAUUAACUUCUCUUUCAUCCUGAAUAACUUUUCUCUAAAGAGUAUCGUGAAUUUAGAGAAAACUACUAAAAGAUGUGGGUAUGUGUGUAAUGUGUAAAUUGACAAUGGCAAAGUUUGCGAAAUUAGACAUGAGGCUACAAUUUCUUUCGUGUUAAAAAGAAACGAAGUUUUUGGUGUAACAUCACCAAAGUGCCGUACAGGCAACGUAUAUACUAUUAAAAAAGAAAAAAAAAAAAAAAACUUUCGAAGUCUCAAAAACAGUAGUAAACGCUUCUCUCUUAUGUUAUUGUCUUAAUUCUCUAGUACUCUUUUACAGCUAUAUGAUUAUUUUUAUUUGUUACACGUCUCUAUUGUCAAUGUAACUAAAGCAUUUGCAUGAAAUAAUCGCGUGUUCUCACGUGAAUAUAUUGAAGUUUUAUUAAAGUUUCAAUAUAUAUAUAUA